AUGGCUCGACGUCGGCGACUCAAAACCGUACUGGAGGAUGCAAAUAGGGAUUUAAUAAGUGAAUUGCCGAUAGAGGUGAAAGACAGAAUUUUGGAGUGUUUGCCCACCCGAGAUGCCGCCAGAAUGGCUCUGCUCUCAAGGCACUGGAAUGAUGCUUGGUUGCAGCAUGGGCAGCUUGUGUUCGAUUCGGAUUUCUGGUGUAGUGCUGAACAGUGCUAUGAUGAUGAAGAAGAUAUAACCCUCGUGAACAUAAUCAAUAAUAUCCUGUUUCUCCGUGCUUGGCCUGUUAAGAAAUUUACUCUAGAGAUAGACAGUGCAUAUGAUCCUUGGCCGCAGCAAACUGAUUUUGAUAAGUGGACAAUUAAGCAACUGAUAGUCCGUGGCUCCUUUAUUAAUUUGCCUGUAAAUGCUUGUGAUAUAUUUUCCAAUGUCACUUCAUUAGAGUUCUUGCAUGUUGAAUUUAAGCGCGGUGUUAAUGGAAUUGCCUCUAGUAUUAGUAUUCCUAAGCUUGAGAAGUUGGCUUUCAAACUUUGUAGCGGGGUCAAUAAGUUUGAGAUUAGCACUCCAAAGCUUGAAAUCUUGUAUGUUAUUCAUUCUAUGGAUGAUGUGGUUGACUCGAGAUGGUUGGCACCGCAUUUCAAAGCCAUUAAGACUCUUUGGUUGUGUGACUCUUCAUUGGAGUGUAUGGAUACAUCUAUGUUUCCAACUGCAAUAAAUCUGCAAGUGAUGAUGCUAUAUGGAUUAAAUUUUUGUUGUCGGAAGCAGCUUGCCGUUGUGAUGCAAUUUCUUAAAAAAUGUCCUAACCUAUGUGAACUACGUAUUUCGACGGACGAGUUCGGUUCGGAGGAUGACAAAGAAGAUGCUUCAAGGCUUUUGGAGGAUCCAGAUAGUUUCUUUGUUAUUCAUGAGCUGAAGAUGCUUAACACAAUCAAGAUUAAAUCAUACCGUGAAUCCACACUCGAACUGAUUUUUAUAAUAAUGUUUCUCUCAAAAUCCCCUGCGCUAGAGAGAUUUAUCGUGAAGUUUUGGGGUACGAAUGCCCCCGUGGUGAGAUAAAUCCAAUGGAUGUUGGAAUGCUUCCCUCAUGCAUCUUCAAACUCACAUAUUGUCUGCACGGACAAUGACAAUGAUUCUAUGCGUAUGGACUGGCCGGUAACAUUGGUUUCGCCUUUCACAAACUUGGUGAAUCUCCAUUGGUUCAAUUUUGGUGCAAGUUAAAAA